AACCAUUAAGCUGCUCUAAAUGUGGGAAAAGAUUUCACCUCAAAGGAGAUUUUAAGAAACACAUGUUAACUCACACAGGAGAGAAAUCUUUCAGCUGCUCAGUCUGUAAAAGAUCUUUUGCACAGAGCGGAACUUUAAAGAGUCACAUGUUCACUCACACAGGAGAGAAACCUUUCAGCUGCUCAGUCUGUAAAACAUCUUUUACAGAGAGGAACUUUAACCCUUUUGCCAGUCACAUGUUAACUCACACAGGAGAGAAACCUUUCAGCUGCUCAGUCUGUAGAACAUCUUUUGUACAGCGCAAUCAUUUAAAUAGUCACAUGUUAACUCACACAGGAGAGAAACCGUUCAGCUGCUCACUCUGUAAAAGAUGUUUUACACUGAGCAGUCAUUUAAAAAAUCACAUGUUAACUCACACACGAGAGAACUCAUUUUACUGCUCUAAAUGUGGGAAAAGAUUUCACCUCGAAGGAGAUUUUAAGAAACACAUGUUAACUCACACAGGAGAGAAAUCUUUCAGCUGCUCAGUCUGUAAAAGAUCUUUUGCACAGAGCGGAACUUUAAAGAGUCACAUGUUCACUCACACAGGAGAGAAACCUUUCAGCUGCUCGGUCUGUAAAAGA